GGGGAAUGUGAACGUGAGAAAUUUAACAAGCUAAGCGGGAAACGGAGCAGCCAGAGCGACGUCCAAUCAGAUGGAGCGUCAGCAGCCGUAACUUUGUUUGACGGAGUGGAAGAGUUUUGUGGCCAAAGCUUGUCGGGCUAUCACCAGGGGUUGGCAGUGAAAAAGAGCCGUACUACGUCCGUCUCUGUUGUGGACCGGGAAAGUCUUUGGUGGACGAUACAAUGAGAGAAGAGGUUUCCUGCACUAACUCCCCUGAAGGAGGGCUGGGGGCCAGUGAAGAGGAACUGGAGAGGGGGUCGAAGAAGAACCACCCUUCAGGGAACCGCAAACGAUCGCCGUAUCCCAAGAAGGACAGUCUCAGUCAGGCCGAGGAGAGCAGCACCGGCAGCCCCACCAGCCUGCUGCCGGCCGGCCCCAAGAGGGUGAAGAAAAGCCCCACAACUGUCGUGUCGCUGGCGCCCACGCCGCUGGGCCCGAGGCCGGACCAGCCCUUUGAGGACCUCCACUCUCAACGCGUCAUAGCCAACGUGCGGGAGCGUCAACGCACUCAGUCGCUGAACGAUGCCUUCUCAUCUCUGCGCAAGAUCAUCCCCACGUUACCCUCCGACAAGCUGAGCAAGAUCCAGAUCCUGAAGCUGGCCUCGCGCUACAUCGACUUCCUCUACCAGGUGCUGCAGAGCGACGAGAUGGACGCCAAGCUGGCCAGCUGCAACUACCUGGCCCACGAGAGACUCAGCUAUGCCUUCUCUGUCUGGAGGAUGGAAGGGGCCUGGGCCAUGUCCACCAGCCACUAGGACCCCCUCGAACUUUUCUCCUACAUCCUCUCGUGUCCACAUCUCCACCCCUCCGCCUCUGUCUGUGUUUGCGCCCACUUCCUGACCCCUGAACCUCUGAAUUCAAGCCCUCUGGUCCGAUCUUGACCUUUUCAUCUCCCACCUUUCGAUCAUUUCUCAUCCUGCUCAGUCUCUGUGCUCCAUGAUGCUUCACUUCAUUAACAUCCACCACGUUCUCCAACAUCCACAGUUGGAUAUGUGCAACUAAAACCUGUCGUAGUUCCCCCUGUUCCUCCGCAUCGUUUCCACUUCCACUCUUCUCCCCUCUCAGUGCCACAGUUUGGUCCAGUGCAACAAGACGCUCCAUUGCAGCCCCUCAGAAAACCCACAGACGGAAAAUUCUCUCGACAUUUGUUCCCGCUUCACCAGCCCCCCCCCC